GGUCCCUGAUGCGCCAUGUCCAAAGCAGCGUGGUUCAGGAUCAAGCGCAAAAUGGAUGAACGGGAGGAUGUACAGAGAAAAACCUUUUCCAAGUGGAUUAAUUCACAGCUUGCAAAGGCUGACCAGCCCCUUGUCAACGACCUCUUCCAAGACUUCAGGGACGGAACUAGACUUUUGACGUUGUUGGAGGUCCUCUGCGGACAGGAACUGAAACGGGAGAAAGGAAAUCUGAGAGUCCACCACAUCAACAAUGUCAGCCGGGCAUUACAGGUCUUGGAAGCAAACAAUGUGAAGCUUGUGAAUAUCAGCACGAAUGACAUCGUAGACGGUAACCCCAAACUUACCCUUGGCCUCAUCUGGAGCAUCAUUCUUCAUUGGCAGGUGCACGGUGUCCUCAAGAGAGCCUCCAGUGACAUUCACCAGACUAAUCUGGAGAAAACUCUGCUAGCCUGGUGCAGGGAUGUUACAAAAGGGUACAUUGGAGUUGAUGUGAGAAACUUCACAACAAGUUGGAUUGAUGGUUUGGCCUUCAACGCCAUCAUUCACAAGUUCAGGCCAAAUCUCUUCGAUUACAAGAGCCUGCUCAACAAAGACCCUAAUUCUCGGCUUGAGCAUGCGUUCCAGUUUGCUGAGAAGUUUGUUGGGAUUGAGCGGUUACUGGACCCCGAAGAUGUGAACACCCUCCACCCUGACAAGAAGUCUGUUAUGAUGUAUGUCAUGUGCUUCUUCCAAGUGCUGCACCAGCAGAACACACCUCUCCGAAAAGGAAGCUCGUCAGAUUACUCGGACAGCGAAUCUUCGUUUCAUCAGCAGCAGCAUCCUGGAGGAGCCACAGCGCGAGGGGUCACAAAUGUGAACAGCUACCAGAGCAGCCUGGAGGAAGUGCUGACCUGGCUGCUGGAGGCAGAGGACCGCCUGGUCAACUUGCCUCCCAUUGGCGGUUCAGUGGCUCAAGUCAAGGACCUGUUUCACGCACACGAGGAUUUCAUGCUUGAGCUGACGCAAAACCAGGGCCGAGUUGGGGAGGUGCUCCAGGAGGGCCAGAAGGCCAUCCGGGGAGCGGGCGUCUCUCCGCAGGAGAGGGAGGAGAUCAAGGUGCAAAUAGACCUACUCAACACGCGCUGGGAGAGCCUCAGACACAGUGCCAUGGACCUGCAGACCAGGUUGCAUGAGGCUUUGAUGAAGAUGCAACAGCAGCAGCAGAACUCGCUGAGGCAGUGGCUGACGGAAACCGAAGAUCGGAUCAGCAGGUUCGGCGAACCAGGCCCAGACUUGGAAACAGCACGGAGGCAGCUGGAGCAACAUAAAAAAUUGCAAGACGACAUUGAAAAAGAGCAACAAGUUGUCAACUCAUUGUCGCACAUGGUCGUUGUUGUCGACGAAUCAAGUGCUGAAAAUGCUUUCACGGCCCUGGAAGACGAGCUGGCUGCCCUGGGGGAGCGCUGGUCCAAGGUGUGCCUUUGGGUAGAAAACUAUGGUGCCAAGCUCCAGCGACUGCUGGGCACACUUCAGCUGCUGAGCACUGAGGAGCCCCGGCUUCAGCAGUGGCUGCUCAUGCAAGAGGCCCAGCUGUGUAAGAUGGAGAAGUCUGACAUGACGAAGGCGAGCAUGCAGGAAGUUCUGGACAUGGUCAAGUGCCUGCAGGUCAUGGAGCAAGACCUGGAAUCGCACAACAAGCGGCUGGACCACUUGUCUGACGAAGUCCAGGGCACCAUACAAAAGCUGGACAAGGGCUCCCUGACUGCUACCGAGCUUUCUCGGAAGCAAGAGCAACUCACCCACCGCUGGGACGCCCUGCUGCAGAAGAUGGAGAACAUGAGCAAGAAGUUGGACAAAUACAGUGGAGAGCAGAAAGUUCAAGCUGAAGCUGAAGAAAAAGCAUUCACUUACAGCCAGUUCAAGAAGGAGCCACAUGUGAGCUCUUCUAAGUCGUCCCUCGGAAGAGAGCCCGUGUCUGAGUUUGGGGCGAAGAAGCGGCGCCUGGACAGCUGGAAGGUGAAGGAGUGGCAGCGGGCACUGGAGAAUGUCACCGCCUGGCUGGAGAAGGUGGAAAACUCCCUGGGCAUCGACCCUGAGCAGCCUCCGACCCAGGAGCAGCUCCAGAGCCUCUGGGAAGGGAUGACUCAGGGGGAGCUCCAGGUCCUCACUGAGGACGUUGAGAGCCAGUUGGCAAUGAACAACAGUGAAGUGUUGCAGCUUGUACAGCAAGGAAGAGACGUCGUGGAAGGCCUUGAUGCUGUUGGGGAGCAGACGAAGGAGGUGCAGGGCGUGCUGCGAGAGGUGGAGGUACGCUGGCACGAGGUGCAGAACACGGUGCAGGCGCAGAGGGAGCACCUGGAGGGGCUGUCCGCCUGCAGGGAGCUCCAGGCCGAGAGCGAUGCGCUGGAGCGUCUGCUGGAGUCGCACCAUCGCUGGCUAGAGUCCUCAGAAGCCUCGGCUCACCAGCGCAGGCAGUCGGACGACCUGCGGCGACUCUUGGAGCAAUGCAAGAUGAGGCUAAAGACAUUGGAUAGCCAGGAAGACAAGGUCCUUCGACUGCAGGAGAAAGCCUCUGCACUCCGAACGCGUGUGCCUUCUCUUGGCUCGCAGUCCAUCUUCAGUCAGCUGGAGAUCCUCGCCGCUCGGUGGUCCGAGACUGGAGCUCAAAUAGCGGACUUGGAGACCAGACUGGGCAGAUCCCUGGAACGGGCGCCUCCUCCCAAGUUGAUGGAGGCUGUGGAUGCCCUAGACGCCUGGAUCAGAAGCGUGCGCCUUGCCUUGGAGUCCGAGAAGGCCGUCGUCGACAACCUUGAUGCGAUGGAGGACCAGCUCCAGAAGUACAAGGAGAUGCAGACGACGGUGGACGAGGAGGAGUCCAACCUCCAGUACGUGACGAGUACGGGAAAGGAGCUGCUGCGCAAGGAGCCCGAAGCCAGCUGGGCCCGCGAGCUGCGCGAGAAGCUGCAUGGCCUGGGCGGCUGCUGGGACGUGGUGUGCACUCUCCUGCGGGAGAGGCUGCAGUUCCUCCGCAAGAACACUGCUCUGCUCAAGCGUUUUCAGGACGAACUGGAAGGCGUCCGCUCCUGGAUUGGGGACGUCACGACAUUCCUGCAGGACGAGGAGGUGGCAGUCGGCGACUUGGAGAAGCUGGAAGCGCAGCUGGAGCAAUCGAGUGCCCUUGAAGAGGACAUUGAAACCCUGCAGCCGAAUGUCGACAGUCUAAAUGUGGCUGCGGAACGGCUGAUUGAGAAUGCAGACGGUGAAUUCGCAACCAUGAUGCAGAGGCAGCUUGAUCAGCUCAAUGACAACUGGAAGCAGAUCACGAAGAUGACGGAGAGCAAAAAUGCAGCCCUCAAGAGAGCCGUUGAGACGAGCAAAUCGGCCGCUGAGGGCAUUGCUGAUCUCUGCAAGUGGCUGAAGGAACUCGAGGCAGAGGUGCCGCCCGAGAGGUCCAUCAACACUGCCUCGGAGCUUCAAGUUAAGAUCAGGAAGCUACAGGUUUGCAAGGACAAACUAGAUUCCAAGCUUCCAGAAUACAACAGACUCAGGGAGUCCUGCUCCAAGCUGGUGCAAAGUGGCAAGCCCAGAAGCUCGGAAGACGCACGCCGAGACGCGGCGUCUUUGACAAAGCUGUGGGAAAAGGUCUCGGACUACGUCACAGCACGCCACCAGUCUCUCAAACAAGCCGGCACCAACUAUGCCGAGUUUCGAAAUAUUCUCAUGAUGGAGAAUGACUGGUUGGACAGACUGGAAAAGAAGCUCAAGCGUUCUCCAGAGUCUGCUGCCGACGCAGAGGAAAUUUCCGAGAACCUAGACGAUCUAGAGAACUUUCUGCGAAAUCACCCCGACGACAGGAUUUCCAAAAUCCAGCAGCUCUGCAAAGACCUCGCGGAGAAGAAUAUCUUGGUCGGACUCGUAGAACACGAGGCAGAGUCCGUCGUGAAGAGGUGGCGAGAACUCGUCCAGAAGGGGCACGAGCGGCAGCAGGUAUUGGAAGACAGCAUCGUGCAGUAUCAGAAGUCUGAGCGCCAGAUUCUGAACGUCCAGAACUGGAUGGUGCACAUGGAACACGCCCUGCAGAACCGGCUCGACAACGACAUCAGCGCUCAAGAUGUCCCGGAAGAGCUGGCUCAAUUCAAGCAGGAGUUUGGCGAGAAGGAGAAGCAAAUGCAGAGCCUGAGCGACCAAGUUGAGGCCUACCGUGCGCAGAACAGGGUGGAGGCUGCCCUGCGACUGGACGAGCAACUUCAGCUGAUGAAGACAAAGUUUGAGGACAUUUCGAGCAAGCUGAAGAGGUUCCAGCGGCCCAACGAUUUCGAACCCAAGAUGGGACGGAUCAGCAAAAUGCUGACGGAAGUGGAGCAAGGCAUGAGGCAGCUGGAGCUCAACUCGGAGAGCCCAGACAUCAUUCAGGAUCAGCUUGUGCAGUGCAUGCACUUCUACAAGCUCCUGAGUGAGGUGAAAGGGGAAGUGGAGCAAAUAAUCCGCCAGGGGCGCCAGCUAGCCGAAAGCGGGGAUGGCGAUCGCCCUCGUGACCUCAAUCUGAAGUUGGACAGCCUCAAGAGCCACUACAAUCAGCUGGGAGCCAAGGUGACUGAGAGCAAGAGCAUCCUGGAGCAGGCACUGCGCCUAGCACGCUGCCUCCAGAAAGAGAUGAUUGCACUGCACAACUGGAUGGCGGCCACAAUGGAGGAGGUGGAAAAGCUUCGAGACCCUGAGGACGAGCUCAAGUUUGCCGAGAGCAAGCUUCGUGAGUUGGACCAGAAGAAGCCCUCUAUGAUUGCCAUUGUGGAACUCAGCGAAGGACUGACUGCACUCACGCCCAACCACAAGCUGCCGUCACUGUCCAACACCGUGCGGACCCUGAAGCAGCAGUGGGCAGCCAUCGACGAGAGCCUGAGGAAGAAAGUGCCUGCGGGUCCGAAGGAUGUGGAGAAAAUGUUCUCCAAGUUCUGCACUCACCUGACGGCCAUCAAGACGUGGUUGGAAGGAGCGGAGCUUUACUUUGUCGCCAAAACUGAGUAUAAGGAAUCUGCUGCUGGGCAGAGGAAGCUCAAGGCCCUGCAAGCUGAGAUGAGCGAGCAGAACACGAGAGUGCAGGUGCUGAAGGAAGAGGCCCUGGACAUGCUUCGUCAGGGCCCCAGGUACAGGCAAGCCGUGGAGUCGGAGCUCAAUGCCCUUAGCGAGAGGUGGAACACGGUAGUCGACAAGCUUAAGACAAAACCGGAUGUCCCUGCCCAUGGCCCGUCCGGCGCCGAGCCUGUCUGCAUCGACGUGCAGCGGACGCUGCUGAGCGAGCUGCGUGCCUCGCCCGUCAACCUGUCUUCAACGUCGUCGGAGGCCGAGCUGUCCGCUCUGGAGCAGCAGGAGGCCAAGCUGCGGCAGGUGGCCAAGCGUCUGGAGGCCCUGGAGACUCACCUGGACAAGGGCAUUGACCUCGUCACCAACGACGUCCUCGAAGAGAGCGAGCAGAUCAUUAAGAAACUCUCGUCGGAGAUGGAGCACCUGGGCCUGGCGGUGGACCAGGUGUGCACGGACGCGGACCGCUUGGUGCCCCGGCUGGGGCCCGUGCCAGCAGCCCUGGAGCGCCUCAAGGGGGAGGCUGACUCUCUGGAGGCCCAGUGGGGCGCCGUGCGCAGGGCAGUGGAGCAGCGCAGGGCACGCUUCCAGGACCUGGUGGUCCGCUGGAAGUUGUUCCAGCAGCAGACAGACGCCACCGUGGUCCAGAUGGUGGUGCUCCUCAGGAACCUUGAGCACGCACGCACCGUGCAGAGCCGACAAAAGGCGGCUCUGGAGCAAGCGGCUCGCGUGGGGCAGGAGGUGGCCUCGCUCCAGCAGCAGGCGUGCACCCUCGAGCGGGAGUCCGGGGUGCCUUCUGGAGCGACCCAGGCCCAGCUGCACCGUCUGCUCCAGCUGUGGAACCAGGCUCAGGGCCACGUGGCCUCCCUGUGCAAGCCGGAGCCCGCAUCACGGGUGGCGGAUGGCACCCAGACGGAGCAGCCACUGGCUGUCAUCAUGGACUCUGGGGCCGUGACCCGCAUCCCGGACUACCUGGCCAAGGUGGCCAAGCUGCGGGAGGCCCUUGUGGCCGUGGGACGCCAGGUGCACUCGCCCGAACUGUGCGGGAAGGACUUUGAGGACUUCGAGAAGCAGGAGGGCAUCCUCAAGUCUGUCAAAGAGGCACUGGAUGCCCUAAAGCCGACCGUGGACUCUGUGAAGCAAGAGCAGGCUGCCAUCAUGCAGAAAACCAACGACAAGGACUCCCUGGAAGUGUCCAGAGUGGUUGAGAGGCUGAGCGAAGACUGGACCAAGCUGAAGCAAGUCUAUGCAGACCGUCACAGCCGUUGGCUGAAGACACGAGAAUUUUGGCAGACGUUUGACUCGAGCAUCCGUGGCCUCAACUUGUGGAUGGAAGAGAUAGAGACCAUCCUCGUUCAGUGUCGUCUUCCGAACGGCGAUCUCGACAUGGAGCUCUCUCAAAAACAUCAGGAGUCUAUGGAGAAACAAGUCACAGAAAAGAUGCCUCACUUCGAAGAGGUCAAGAAGAUGACUCAGCAAAUAAUGGAGCAAUGCUCGGCCGCUGACGGGGUGCUGCUGCAGCAGAAGCUCGAAGGCCUGAAACGGAGAUGGAAGGCCAUAAUCUCAGAGCUGCAGUCGAGGAGGGAAAGACUUGCAGUGGACAAUUCUCGUCUGGAGCAAGUCAAAGAAGACAUGUCGGAGUUGAAGCCCUGGCUUCUGGAAGCAGAGAGCUUGCUAGCUUACAGGCCGAAUGAGGGCGAUGACAUUGAGAAUUGCAAGGAAAGGCUUGAGCAGAUUAAGAAAUGCGAGGAAGAGAUUGGAGCCAAGAGAUCCAACCUGCUUUCCGUGAUCCUUGGCGGCUCACUGGUCAAGCCUUCCGAAGUCGAGAGUCUGGAGGCCAGGUUUCAAAAGGCCAGCGUCGAGUUGCCAGACUUGCGCAAGAGGAUGGAGUCGCACAUUCCGCAGCUGACAAUCUUUGAGGAGGAGAUUGUGGCUGAGCAGCAGAGGCUGAGUGAAACGCGCAGGGACGUGGAGAAGCUCCUGGCUGCCAAGUUACUUGGGGACGAACCUCCCGAAGUCAAAGUUGCUGAGGACACUCUGCUCAGACACGGUAAUUCGAUUCAAGAGAUUGAAGCAAAGGCGGCUGACAUCGAGAAGACUCUUCCGUUGCUGCCAUCGUCGAGGAACAAGCUGAACCACCUGAAGGAGUCCUGGGAGGCCGUCCAGCAGAUCGUUUCGAGGAUUGGCCCGCCACUGUCACUUGUCAUAGAUUUUGACAGUGUCACAUACUCAGCAUCUUCACCGUGCAUCGUGCCUUUGUCUGGCUACACAAAGCACUGGAAUGACCUUGCCGGCGAGCUGGAGAAAUGGCUCAAGACCCACGACUCUGCCCUGGCAUCCCUCAAAGUGGACUAUGGCGACGAGCAGUCCCUUAACGCAGCCAUCGAUCACCUCAAGCGAGCUUUUCUGGACGGCCGUAAGAUCUCGUCGGAGGCCGAGCACGGGAGGCUCCGCAAUUGCGUGCGCUACUCUCUGCUGAAAUACCUGCUAGAGCAUGAGCACAAGAGCGUCUCCCUGAAGAAACUGCAGACAGCCGUGGACUACCAGACGGCCAAGUCCCAGGACAUGGCGGAGAAGGACCUGCGCACCAGGGUGGCGUCGCUGCGCGAGGAGUGGGACCGCAGCGAAGCGGCGACCUCGCAGCGGCGCCGUCAGCUGGAAGGCCUGGCGUCGGACUCCGGCCGGAGCCUGGACGACCGACGUCGCGAGCUCGAGGCCUGGCUGGCGCGCAUGGAGGCCCGCCUGGACCGCCAGGGAGUCGCAGGACCGGGCCACUCGCUGGAGGCCCUCGAGGCGCAGCUCAGGGAACAGCGGCUUCUGAACGCGGAGUUGGGCAAAUGGAAGGCUGCCGUGGACUCUGUGACUCGGCUGGCUCACAAGGCCGCCUCGGAGCCCCGCGCCAACGCCAUGACCGUGCCCAUGCAGGAGGACUCCGCUAGGCUGGUGGCGGCCGUGGAGAACAUCAACCAGCGCUUCGCUGACCUCAGCCUCAACGUGCAGAGCCGCGGCCAGGCGCUGCAGAGCGCGCUGAGCUCCCUGCAGCAGAUGGAGAAGGCCCUGGACCGCUUCCUCGUCUGGCUGGCCGAUUCCGAGGCCACGCUGGACGUGCUCGAGACCGAGGCCGACCGCUACGGACCCCGGGACGACGUCCACCGCUCCUGCGGCUUCCAGGACAGGAUCCGAGAACUGCAGCGCGAGAUCGACAGCCAGCGGGACCUGCACCUGACCAUCAAUGAACGCAGCGCCCACGUCCUGCAGUCCAUGACCAGGAAUGACGAAGCACUCCACCUGCGCCGAAAGCUCGACGAAAUGAACAGCCGCUGGAACAACCUGCGCAUGAGAACCGUUUCUUUACGGAACCGACUGGAGAGCAAUGCAGAGCACUGGAACCAGCUGCUGUUGUCGCUGCGGGAACUCACUGAGUGGGUCAUCAAGCGGGAAACGGAGCUGUCGGCGCAGUCGGCCAUCGGGGGUGAUGUGGCGACCAUCGUGAAGCAGCAGGAGGAGCACCGGGCCUUCCGCAGGGGCGUGGACGACAAGCGCCCUAUUAUCGAGAGCAGCCUACUGGCGGGCAGGCAGUACAUCGCCAGGGAACCACCUCUCUCAGACACGAGCGACUCGGAAGCGAAGGACUACGACGACAACAGGGGAUACAGGAAUGCGGACGAGCAGGCAAGGGAGAUCACGCGCAGCAUCCGGAGGGAAGUUAAAAAGCUGUCUGACAACUGGAACGGCUUCCUGAGCCACUCAGAUCAGAGGCAGAAGAGGCUUGACGACGUCCUCCAUAAGAUGCAGUCACUGCAGAGAGCCAUGGACGACCUGAGUGCCAGGUUGCAGGUCGCCGAGAGUGCCAAGUCGCAGUGGCCAAGCGUGACGGAGUUCCUGCUCGACCAGCUAUCUGGCCAGAUCGACGACCUUAGGGCCUUCCGGGAUCGCCUGGCCCCGCUGCAGCUCCAGGUGGAGUCGUUGAAUGAGGCGGCCGGGGCCAUCACCAGUUGCGGGGUGCUGCUGUCGCACAACAACCUUAACCGGCUGGAGGAGCUGAAUGGUCGCUGGCGCCUCCUGCAGCUGGCCAUUGACGAGCGGCGCCGGCAGCUGGAGCAUGCCUUGCUCGACCAGGGAUCGGCUCAGCAGCAGUUUCUCAAUGCCUCUGUUGAGCAACCAUGGGAGAGAGCUGUAGCAGGGAACAAAGUGCCUUACUACAUCAACCAUAUUUCGGAGACCACUCACUGGGAUCAUCCGAGGAUGAUGGAAAUGAUGGACUCUCUGGUCGAAUUCAACGAUGUUCGAUACUCUGCGUACAGGACGUCGAUGAAAAUCAGGACAAUUCAGAAGAACCUCUGCCUGGACCUGGUCUUUAUGAACAACGCCAUCAACGCGUUUGACCAGCACGGCCUGCGGGCCCAGAACGACAAGUUGAUCAGCGUCCCAGAGAUGAUCACCUGCCUGUCCACCAUCUAUGAGGGCAUUGCUCAGGAGCACCCCAACCUCGUCAAGGCUCCUCUCUGCAUCGACCUGUGCCUCAACUGGCUGCUCAACCUCUACGACACAGCUACUCGAACAGGAUACAUACGCAUCCUGUCCUUCAAAGUGGGAAUUAUACUCCUCUGCAAGGGAAAUCUGGAAGAUAAGUUCCGAUACCUUUUCCGCCUGAUCGCUGACGCCAACGGCUGCGCGGACGAGCGGCAGCUGGGUCUGCUGCUUCACGACUGUGUGCAGCUUCCGCGAUUGCUCGGGGAGAUUGCGGCGUUUGGGGGCUCCAACAUCGAGCCGAGCGUGCGCAGCUGCUUCGAGAAGGCGGCGCCUGCCGGCCGCAGGGAGAUCCAGGCGGCCCACUUCCUCAACUGGCUCCUGCAGGAGCCCCAGAGCCUGGUCUGGCUGCCCGUGCUGCACCGCCUGGCGGCUGCCGAGACGGCCAGGCACCAGGCCAAGUGCAACGGCUGCAAGCAGUACCCCAUCGUCGGCUUCAGAUACCGGUGUCUCAAGUGUUUCAAUGUUGACCUCUGCCAGAGCUGCUUCUUUUCUGGGAGAAAAACGAAGAGCCACAAAGUUACUCAUCCAAUGCAGGAAUACUGUACCACUACGACAUCUGGCGAGGACGUGCGAGAUUUCACGAAGAUCAUGAAGAACAAGUUCAAGUCCAAGCGGUACUUUAAGAAGCACCCACGAAUGGGUUACCUCCCGGUGCAAACCGUCCUCGAAGGCGACGACCUGGAGAGUCCUGCGCCAUCACCCCAGCAUACUCUGUCCUCUAGGGACAUGCACUCUCGCCUCGAACAAUAUGCAAACAGGUUGGGAGAUGUUGAACUUAGGACAAGGAGCAACUCCACUCCAGAUUCGAGCGAAGACGAACACCAGUUGAUAGCGCAGUACUGCCAGACGUUGAGUGGGGAGCUUCCGGUGUCUAUGUGCAACUCCUCUUUGUUCCUGCAACCGCGGAGUCCCGCUCAGGUGAUGGCAACUAUAGACGCUGACCAGAGGGACGAGCUUGAGCUCAUGAUUGAGGAACUCGAAGAAGAGAACAGGCACCUGCAGGCCGAGUAUGACCGCCUGCAGGAACUCCAGAGUCUGCACGGGGGCGGCCUGAGUCCCACGCCGAGCCAGUUGGAGGAAGAGGCCGCCCUGAGCCCUGCGAGCCGGGACGAAGAGAUGCUGGCCGAGGCCAAGCUGCUGAGGCAGCACAAGGGGCGCCUGGAGGCACGCAUGCACAUCCUCGAGGACCACAACCGGCAGCUGGAGGCACAGCUGCACAGGCUCAGGCAGCUCCUGGAUGAGCCAGCACCCAGGGGAACCUCGUCGUUGUCUCCACACAGCUCGCCCUACACAACGCCCGGACACUCGCUGCCGAGGACCGGGGACUCCAGCCGGAGCCGAUGUCGUCUAGGAACGGAAGACUCCACGACCACGCAGGCCAGCCAGAUGAGAAUGGAAUUCAGCCAUGCCCCAAUGAAGAAUGAGGAUGUUGAACAUGCAUACUAGGUUUUUGAACAGGUACUUGUGUACAAAAAGCACAGUUGUUCGAUGGCUCAUCAGGCUCAAGAUGCUGGCUUCUUUGAUAUGUUAGUUGGCAUACAUACCGCAGGCUUUACUCCCAUCAACAUUUCCAGUUGUUUAGACUCAUUUGCAUCAACCUGUUAUUUUUGCUCCUUUGCAUUUAGUAGCUUGCGCAGCUAGUUAUUCCAGGAUAUUGGCUUGGUGUUAUGUGUAGGCAUUUCACUCAUAAAAACAUAACUUCUGCCAUUCCCUCAGUAUUAAGGUGCCUGCUGCCAUUAUUAUCAUUACAGGUUUGACUAGCAAUGACUGCCUUGUGAGAGGUUGUACUAUUUAUGAAGCUGCUCAUGGUGAGAACGAUUCCGAAAAGUGUUCCCCUCUGCAGAGAGUGAAAAUGUAUUGUCGUGUAACAGUUAAAAAGCAAUAACCUUCGAAUAUGUCUUAGAUGUCCCUGCAAAAACAUACAUGGAGUUUCUUUUUUUCAUUCUUAAUCUGAUUGAAUGUUAAAACGCAGCAUCCCUAAUGGAGAUAGGAAAACUGUAGUAGUCCCAAUAUACAUGGCACAUCAAGAUUGUAACUAUUGCUACAGGUUUGUGGUACAAGAAAUGUUACGAUGUUGAUAUUUGUUACAAAUGGCAGCAUUUGAUGUAUGUACACGAUAGAAGACAGCUGUGAGCUAGGGACAACUAGUGCUGCAUAUCAUUUUCUUUGGCUUAAUGGAAACAUCAGUGCCAGCUCAGUGAUAUCUGGACUAUAUUUUGUAUUUGAACUGUAUUGCACCCUUUACAUAUCAUGCAUUUCUGUUGCGUGACUUUAAGGACUUGGUUCGAACCGACAAAUGUGCCAUCACAGGGUGCAUGUGCUGGACGCUGUGAAGUGUUCCACGGAGAAGGCGACAUUCUCGUAGGUCUUAGACAAUUGAAAUGUUACUGGAUGUGCUUGGGGCAUCCGCAUGUGUUCCUCCGUAAAACUUCUGCGGCUUGUUUGUAAACUGACAAUUUCUACUCUUUGUAACCUGUACAUACAGAGAACGUCGCUGUAGAAGGGUCAUGAUAGACGCACGCACUGGAUGCAGAACAUGUUUGUUGACAUGUAUAAAUGUUUCUCCAGUCACGAAUAACUAACACCUCAAGCAUAAACUAGUGUAGCUUCUGCAAUUUUCAGCUCGUCAAAAUACUACUAACAUGCGGUUGAUGAACCAGAAGAAAUUAUGUAAUAACAUAUUGGCCCCCGGAGCCCUUGUGUAAGGAAUGGAUGGUGCGGCUAUGACAUGUUGCCAUCUGCCGUUUGCCUGUGUCAUUUUCCUGUUUGAGCAGCCCAUAUGGAAGACCAUAGCAUUACCUCGCAUAUCAAACUUCCAAUCAUGGUGGCCAUUUCAUUUGUGCUGCAUUGUCCAAUGCAGCUUGUUUUUUUUUUUCUUGUUCAUUCUAUUUGCACUGUAUAACUCUGCAGGUGUAUAAGCAUACGCGAAAACUUUUUAUGGCGACGACAAGAAAUAAAUGAUGCAGUUAGAUGUACCGUG